GCAACUGAUACUUGUCAAUCUGACACGAAGCUUAUCGUUGUGCAAUUGAUCAACGCUUAAACACCUGGAAGCGCUUUCAACUCAAACCACCUCAUAAAAUAAUCUCAGGUCUUUCACUUCUUCCACCUCUCUCUGUCUCUGGUGCAUUCUUAUCUAAAGCUUAUUCUUUAACUUUCACAAAAGGACUUUCUGCAUUAAUUGAAACCAUGGCCUCCCUGAUCAGACUUAGCUUCUUCUUCUUUGUGCUUUUUCAUGCCUUUCCCUUACUUUCUCCCUUUGUGCAUGGUAGUGAUGAAGAUGAGGACAAUCUUCUCCAAGGCAUUAACAGUUACAGAAGAUCACUAAACUUGCCAGCCCUCGUCAAGAACGAUAACGCAGGUUGCCUAGCAGAUAGAAUUGCUGAUGAUAUAGAGGACCUGCCUUGCAGCAGCCCCACCAACGGUGCUAACAUUCUGCCUAGCUCUCAGAGUCCACUUGCCAAUCUUCCCAAGCACUUAAGGAAGUGCAAAAUCGAUGCCAACAGCACACAAGAUGGGGUUAUUUUGCCUGUUUGUGUGCCUAAAUUGGUCCCAACUCUGGUGCUAACCAAUUAUACUCACUCUCCAAAAUACGCAAAGUAUCUGAACGAUUCGAGGUUCAGUGGGGUUGGGGUUGGCUCUGAGGAUAAUUGGGCUGUGGUGGUUUUGGCCUCAUCUAACCCAAGUGGAAACUUUGCUAAUGCAGCAGGAUCUUUAGUUUCAAUUUUCGGUUUUGGACAUUAUUUGGUCUUCUUGUUGUUAGGAGUAUCUCUUAUCUUGGUUAGCUGAAGUUGAAGUUGUGUCUUUUGCUCUUGUUCUUGUUAUGUUGUACCUUAUAUGCAACUUUUGGUAGUUUUAAAUGAGUGUAUUUUGAUGGAAGGAUUCAGAUUGUAUGUAAUUCCUGAACUAUAUAUGUUUUUAUUUCAAUCUGUUUUGCAUUAGAUAUGUAAUUAUGCAGGCAGGGCAUCUUUGUAGUCUCUCAGCUAAAAGGUACAUAGAUCUUAACUACGCCAUUUCUGAAUAAGAUUUGUCAACCAGAAUUCUCUAGGCAAGAGAGAGAGAGAGAGAGAGUUAGAGA